AUGGAUGUCUUUGGUGGUGCGCCACGUUUCUUAGCCUACCCAAGACCUGUAGUGGUACAAAGCGGCACUGAUGCAGUGCUUAAGUGUCAGAUUGGUGGUGAUCCAAGGCCUGCCGUUAUCUGGGAGCGAAGCAAUGAAAAGAUUGACCCACAAGGACGAUAUAGGGUCUUUGAGGAUGGCAAUGUUUACAAUCUCAUCAUCUCAGCUGUCACAACUGAGGAUAGUGGACAGUACAUAUGCAAAGCAAAAAAUAGCAUUGGGGAAACCUAUGCAGCUGCCACACUGAAGGUGGAAGGUGAAGCGCAAGAGAUGGAGCUGCGGGAGGAAAAUAAGCCACGAUUCCUCAUCAAGCCCCUCUCCACUCGUGUCGGUCGUGGGGAAGAUGCUGUCUUCUCUUGUAAGCUUUGGGGAAACCCAAAGCCAGAUGUUAUCUGGGAAAAAGACGGUAGAAGACUCAAUGAAAUAUUUGAAAGCACACAUUUCAGUGUAGGCUACCAGGAUGGUGGAUGGUUCCAGCUCAAGAUCUUUAAGACCCGUGCUCCUGAUGGUGGUGUAUACACAUGCAAGGCAAGAAAUGAAUUUGGGGAAGCGCUAGCAGGAGCUGUGUUGCUUGUUGAUGCAGGUCCAGGACAUGAAGAAGAAGGAAAUCGCAACGGCUACAUAAAUGGCCACUGGAAAGUCCAUCAGGGAAAACAAAGGAGUGGCAGGCAACUGCCAAACCGCCUAAAAGACGACAGCAUGACCAAGUCAACAAAAGUAAAAAUGUUUGCUGUGACAGAGGGCAAACAUGCCAAAUUCCGUUGCUUUGUGACUGGUAAACCCAAACCAGAAAUAAUUUGGAGGAAAGAUGGUAGACUCAUACUGUCUGGAAGGCGUUAUUUGUUAUAUGAGGACAGAGAAGGCUACUUCACACUUAAAGUUCUUUAUUGUAAGCAAAAGGAUAACGGAGUUUAUGUUUGCGCUGCAUCAAAUACUGCUGGGCAAACCCUCAGUGCUGUACACCUCUCUGUCAAGGAGCCGCCUGUGCGGUUCAAGCAGCCUCUCAUUGAUCUUGAAGUGUGGGAGCGGGAUUUGGCUGUUCUCGAGUGUGAAGUUCCAGAGGACUCAGUUCCCAUCACAUGGUAUCUGGAGGAUAGACGACUGCAACCAGGGGCCAAAUAUGGAAUGGAGGAGUGGGGAACGAAACGACGACUGACAAUUCGCGACAUCGGAGUUGAUGAUGAUGGGAUUUACCUCUGCGAGAUGCCUGAUGGGGGCAGAAGCAUUGCAGAGGUAGCUGUAAAAGGCACAAUUUUGCGGAAGCUUCCAAGAAAAGUGGAUGUCUUGGAAGGUGAAAAUGCUGCCUUUUGUGUUGAAGUAGAAAAAGAAGAGAUGGAUAUACAUUGGUACAAAGAUGGCUUAGAGCUGCGUGAAACCCAUCAGACCAUUAUUAAAUCCUUUGGUCGAACUCACAUCCUGGUUUUCGUCAACACAAUGCCCCAAGACUCUGGCCUCGUGACUUUCCUUGUCGGCAGAUCCAAGACUUCCUCUCAGCUAAGAGUGAAAUCGGCCAGACAUUGUCCACCUAGUUGUCCAGUGGCUGUGCAGAUCAACACAGAGCGUGCUAAUGCAGCUCUUCUCUCAUGGGUUCCUGCUCAGGACUCACGAAAGAAUCCUCCCUCUGGAUAUGUGCUUGAACGGCAAGAGGUGGGCACUGGUUCGCAAGAAUGGCUUCAGUGUCUGACCACCGAUUCUGCAACCUCUGUGGAGAUCCUUGGUGACAGUGUUCCAUGUGAGGCGGAUUACCGCUUUCGUAUUUGCAGCGUCAACAAAUAUGGGAAAAGCAAUAAUGUUGAAUUCCCUAAAACUGUUCACUUAGUUCCUGUGGCCAGAAUACAAGCUCCCUUACAGGAUGCCUUGGUGCCAGAGGGGCAAGACGCCCUCUUCUCUAUUGAGCUUUCUGCUUCAGUUAUUGGUACAUGGUUCUUAAAUGGGACUCAGCUUCAGGAAGAUGAGCGGUAUUCCAUGCGUCGGUCACGAGCACACCAGUCUCUCCGCAUUCGAGGAGUACGUGAUACAGAUAAUGGAGCUGAGAUUACAUUCAUUGCCUAUGGCAUCCGUGACUCUGCAGCACUUUACAUUCAAGCUCCUCUUGUCAAGUUUUUCCCAUUGUCAGAGAUGGAUCGAAAUAAAUUUGUAGAAAUUGGGAAUCCCAUUGUGCUCUACUGUGAGGUAUCAGACCCUGCAGCUCUGGUGCACUGGUACAAGAACGGGGUGGAAUUAAGAUCUGUGGAAGGUCUUCAUAUCCAAUCAGAGGGCACCAUGAGACGAAUUGUCAUCCAGUCAGCAGAGUUAUCUCAUUCAGGAGUCUACUGCUGUGAUGCCAUUGAUGAUGUCAUCAGGUUCAAUGUGGAAGUAGAGGCACCACCGGUAACGUUUGCUGAUAUCCCAGAGAGGGACCUUUUCCAGAGUGUUGUGGAACAUGAACAGCUUGUUCUGUCAUGUGAAGUAUCAAGGUCUGAUGGUGUUGUCAAAUGGUACAAAGAUGGAACUGAAAUGCAACCAACCAAUAAUGUUACAAUCCAAGCAGAGGGCACCAAAAGAAAGCUGAUUAUACAUUCAGCCCAACUGUCCGAUACAGCUACGUACACAUCCCGUGUAGGAGACAACGUUUUAGUCUUCAAAGUUAACAUACGAGAACCUCCUGUGACGAUAAUCUAUCCCAAGGAGGAUGUCCACCUUGACCGUCAUGUCCCCGACGAAAUUAUUCUGAGCUGUGAACUGUCUCGUGCCAGUGGUGUGGUCAGCUGGUAUAAAGACGGUCAAAAGCUUCAAGAGAGUGAGAACAUCAAGCUCAAGGUAGAAGGGCCUUAUCGACGACUUAAGAUACUGUCUAGUGGAGUAGAGGAUUCUGGAGAAUACGUCUGUGAUACAGCUGACGAUUCAAUAUUCUUUCACCUAAAUAUCACAGAACCUCCAGUGAAGAUUGUAUCCCCAAGUCAGUCAGAAAUGGAACUGUGUCAGCAGACCUCUGAGAGGAUGGUACUAAGCUGUGAGAUCUCACGGCCCAAUGCAAUGGUACGCUGGUAUCGUGAUGGACUCGAGGUGGAGGAGAACGACAAUCUCAUUCUGGAGGUGGAUGGUGUCUACAGAAGACUUAUUAUACCUGAAACCACUGUCAAAGAUUCAGCAGAAUAUGUAUGCGACACAGCGGAUGACUCCAAGACGUUCUUUGUAAACAUAGCAGAGCCUCCUGUUCGCUUCAUUCGUCCUCGGAAGAUGGCAAGUAGAGUAGAGAAAAUGGCUGGGGAGACUCUAGUUCUAGACUGCGAGGUUUCAAGAUCAAAUGCUGAAGUCACUUGGAAGAAGAAUGGGGAAGAAGUCGAAGACUCUAGAAACAUCACAAUCCUUGAAGAUGGCGUCAUCCGUCAGUUGACCAUUCACUCUCUGACAGUGGAAGAUGCUGGGCAAUAUGUCUGUGACGCAAAAGACGAUGUAAUGGAUUUCAGUGUGAUAGUGCAAGAAUUACCUGUAAAAAUUCUUGGAAAAACAGAUGCAAAAAUAGAAAAACAGUUCUUAGUAUCAGAUGACAUUAUUCUUGUAUGUGAACUCUCAAGAGCCAAUGCCUCAGUCAGCUGGUAUAAAGAUGACAAGCUUAUUGAUGACAAUGAGCGAUACUGCAUCGAAGAGCAAGGUGUUUUCCGAUCUCUGGUGGUCCUAAAUGCGGCAUUUGAAGAUUCAGGGGAAUAUACCUGUGAUGCAGUGGAUGAUAAAUUGGUCUUCUAUAUCACUGUCAAAGAGCCUCCUGUGCAGAUCAUUGGAAAUGCAGGCCACCCAGAGCAUCAUAUACUAGUAGCAGGAGAUGAUCUUAUUUUGGAGUGUGAAGUGUCUCGGCCAAACGCCACAGUUGAGUGGUUAUGGAACGGCAAGAUAUUGAAACCAGAUACUCGUGUAAAAAUUGACAGCUAUGACGUUGUGAGGAAGCUUGUUCUCUCUGGACUUCAGCCCUCGGACUCUGGAGAAUACAUUUGCGAUGCCCUCGAUGACAAAUUGAUAACAAUUGUAGAGGUCCAAGCCCCCCGUAUUAUUGAGUUCAUAGCAGAGCUUCGUAAUGUCAUCAUCUGUGAAGGAGAAGAUGCCGUUUUUAAGUGUGUGGUUUCACCGGAGGACACCAAGUUGGCGUGGCGCUUAAACAGCAAGCAAGUAGCCCUGAACGAGCGCACCGUGGUUUCCAGCAAUGGGCUAUGCCACAUGCUCUGCAUCAACAACUGCAUGGUUUCAGAUAGCGGCAGAGUGACAGCUGAUGCAGAGGGGUUGAUUUCAGAGGCAGAACUACAGGUUCAAGAGCAACAGGUGCUGUUCAGUAAGAAAAUGACACCAGUUGUAGCUGAAGAAUACAGUGAAGCAACUCUAGAAGUGGAGGUGAGUGUGGAUUCGGGAGAGGUGCGGUGGAUGAGGCAAGGGGUGCUAAUCCACCCUGGGGCCAAGUAUACCCUGAAGCACAAGGGCCGCAAACACAGUCUCACCCUCCACAAAGUGUCAAUGUCUGACCGGGGCACCUACAGCUGUGAAACCCUUCAUGACCGCACACAAGCCCAGCUCACAGUGGAACCUCGAAAAAUCACAAUCAAGAGGGGACUGACUGACAUUAAAACCACAGAGAGGGAAACAGCUUCUUUCGAGGUAGAGGUGUCCCAUCCCAAUGUCCCGGGCACAUGGAUGAGAAAUGGACUCAAGCUUAAGCCAACUAAUCACUUCCGUAUGAGCGCAAAAGGACAAGUCCACAGCCUUACUAUCUCUAACCUCUCAGUAGAAGACACUGGCACUUUUGUGUUCUGCAUAGAGAAUCUGAAGACCUCUGCAAGGCUUGUUGUAAAGGAGCCCCCAGUGACCAUUUUCAGAAAACUGGUGAACCAGAGGUUCCCUGAAGGGGCAGUAAUCUCCAUCGAGUGUGAGCUGUCAAGACACAACGUGGAUGUGAAAUGGAUGAAGGAUGGGGCUGAGGUGAAGACCAGCAAAGACUUGCGCAUUUAUGCCAUGGGAAGGAAACGGUUUCUCCAGAUCAUGAAAUGCCAAGUCAGUGAUUCUGGCAUGUACACCUGCGAUGCAGGAGAUGCAGCUACAUCCUGCACUGUGGAAGUCUACGCGCGUGAGCUGGUGAUUCUCCAGGGUCUUGAGGACCUGGACAUCCAAGAGGAUGAAAACGCCGUGUUUGUUUGUGAGAUCUCAGUGGAGGAUGUGCCGGGGGAAUGGUACAAAAAUGGGGAGCGGAUACAGCCCACCAGCACCAUUAAGAUCCGCCAGGAAGGGACAAAACAUUUUCUUCUCAUGUGCAACGUGCGAGCAGAGGACUCUGGAGAGAUUAAGUUUGUGGCGAGGCACAUUGAAUCUGUUGCUUACUUGGAGGUGGAAGAGCUUCCAGUUAGUAUUGUAAAACCUCUGCAAGACAAGACGGCCCUUGAGAAGAGCCGUGUGAUCUUGGACUGCACAGUGUCCAACCCCAGAUGUAGCAUCCGCUGGUACAAAGGCAGCAAUGUCAUCCUGCCCUCUGAACGCUUCGAGAUCUGCAGCGAAGGAUGUUAUCGCAAGCUGAUCAUCCAGCAGGUGGCGCUAGAUGAUGAGGGCACAUACAGUGUGCAGGUUGGAGAUUAUACUUGCUCUGCAAAACUGACCGUGGAGGCCCAGUCUUUAUUGAUGGUCCGAGAGCUUAAAGAUGUGGAAGUCAUGGCUCCUGAUGAGGCCUGCUUCGAAUGUGAAGUUUCAGCUCCUGUCUUCAAAUCCCCAGUGUGGACUCUGAAUGGGGAGCCUUUGCAGCCGAGCUCUCGGGUACGCCUGGAGAAGAUGGGCACAGUGCACAGGCUGACCCUCAGGCAGACCUCUCCAGAAAUGAAUGGCGUGGUAGAGUUCACAGCUGGGAAAACAAAGAGCAAAGCCCAGCUACGGAUAGUGAGUAAGUAG